AUGGUGCAGACGCAGAAGAAAAACAACGACCAUGAGACGCCGGCGGUGCCGCCGUCCAAGAAGGAGCCACGCACGGACGACGACGACGGCGCGCCGCUCACGAAGAAGGCCAAGAAGGCCAAGGCCAAGGCGUCGGUCGCGGCGCAGCCCCAGUCGACGCCGGACGAGCGCAAGCAAGCGCUCUUGGCGCGCGACUCGGUUGACACGUCGGACUUGCCGCCGCUCGAGGAAACGGCUGGCGAGCUCGUGUCGCCGAUCGUCUCGCCGCGUCGCUCCGGGUUCGGCCAUCUGGAUGUGGCGGCCGUCAUGCGCCUUAUGGUCGACGAGAACACGCGGUCUGUGCGCCUCACUUUGGACGCCAACGCGGCGCAGUCGCGUGUCCUCGCGGAAGACAACAUCAAGACUGCGCGCGAUAUGGUCAAUGAGAACGUCGCGCGCACACAAGAGUUUAUGAUUGCGAGUCUCGAUCGCAUCGCUUUGCUACCGACGCCGACAGCUGUUCCCGCGCCCGUGCACGAGGUGCAUGGUGGUGCGGCGGAGAGCGCUUCGGGGCGUCCGCAAGCGAUGGCGGCUCCCGUGUUUGGACAAGAAGCUGCGACACGGCCGGUGCUAGAGCCAUGGGCUCCGGGGCAUCCGGUCGUGGUGGCGGCAGCUCCCGUGCCCAUUCAAGAGCCCGCGCAAGUGCCCGUUGUCUCGGUCCUUGUGCAAGAUCAACGCGCGCCGGCGCCCGUCGUUGUGCCUGCGAUGCCGCCUAAGGUGCGUGGCAAGGCGGUCCAGCUGGUUCCGGGUGAAUACUUGUCGUACCGUACGUCGCUGCGUAUGGUACUCGAACUGAACGGCUUGUUGCCGCUCGUUUCUGGCGCUCUAAAGGCGCCGGAUGCGACGCUCGACCCGGCUGGCUACGCGCAUUUUGCUGCUUACGACGCGGCCGCGCGCGUGCUCAUUGUCAACUCGCUCGACGAUGAGACGCGGCGCGAGGUGGCCGAUUACGUCACGGCAGCGCCAAGGUACGCGUACAUCAACGCCAAGUUUGCCGAAGCUCCAGCAGUGCUCGAGUCCUAG